GCCCGGCGGCUGGUGGGAGAUCUGGUACGAGAGAGUUGCCUCGCGGUGUAUCCUUUGCGGACUGGCGCUGGCUGCAGUCUCCUCAGAGUGGCGGCCGCUCUCCUGCGUCCAGAGCGAGCGCCUUCUUUGCCGCUUGGCCCGCGCCUUCAGGCUCCGGGUUCUCAUAAAUGUUUUCUUGGAACCUUAAAGAUGGAAAUGACAAACGUGUCCCUGAAACGUGGGUGCCUUGUUGUGGAAGAUAAUGACGGCGUGGCCUCACAGGAGGAAACAAAGAAACAGAAGGUCUCAGAGUGCUGUCUGAUCGACAGUCAGGAUGGAGUAGAAAAUGAAGGUCUGCACAGCAGUGAGGAUGAGCCUGGGCCUCUAGAAGCUGAAAGUACAAAGAAAGAUGAAAAGAAUUCCAGUGCUCACGUGCAAGAGGAGGAAGAGGAGGAAGAGGAGGAAGAAGGCCUUCCAGAGACAGGGGAAGAGGAGGAGCCAGAGAGCUUUGCAGACAUGAUGAAGCAUGGGCUCACAGAGCUUGACGUCGGCAUCACCAAGUUUGUGAGCCCUCAUGAGGGCUUCUCAGGGAUCUUAAAAGAAAGAUACUCUGACUUUGUUGUUCACGAAAUUGGAAAAGAUGGACGGAUCAGCCAUUUGGAUGACUUAUCUGUUCCAGUGGAUGAGGAGGACCCUCCUGAAGAUGCACUCACUGUUCUGACAGCUGAAGACAGACAGCAACUGGAGGAGCUACAGCUUUUCAAGAACAAAGAAACCAAUGUUGCCAUUGAGGUCAUUGAGGACACCAAAGAAAAAAGAACCAUCAUCCAUCAAGCUAUUAAAUCUCUCUUCCCAGGAUUGGAGACAAAAACAGAGGAUAGAGAAGGAAGGAAAUACAUCGUAGCUUACCAUGCAGCUGGCAAAAAGGCUUUGGCAAAGGUCAGAACUGCAGCAGAUCCAAGAAAACAUUCUUGGCCAAAAUCUCGGGGAAGCUACUGCCACUUUGUUCUAUACAAGGAAAACAAAGACACCAUGGACGCCAUCAAUGUAUUGUCCAAAUAUUUACGAGUGAAACCAAACAUUUUCUCCUAUAUGGGAACCAAAGACAAAAGGGCCAUCACAGUCCAGGAGAUUGCUGUCCUCAAGAUAAGUGCACAAAGACUCGCCCAUCUGAAUAAAUGCUUGAUGAACUUUAAGCUAGGGAAUUUCAGCUAUCAGAAAACCCCUCUGAAAUUGGGAGAGCUUCAAGGAAAUCACUUCACUGUUGUUCUCAGGAAUAUAACAGGAACUGAAGAGCAAGUACAGCAAGCCAUGCAAUCUCUGAAGGAGACCGGCUUCAUUAACUACUAUGGUAUGCAAAGGUUUGGGACCACAGCUGUCCCUACGUACCAAGUUGGAAGAGCUAUUCUACAGAAUGCCUGGACAGAAGUCAUGGACUUAAUACUGAAACCCCGUUCUGGAGCUGAAAAGGGGUACUUGGUGAAAUGCAGAGAAGAAUGGGCCAAGACCAAAGAUCCAGCCUCUGCCCUCAAAAAGCUACCUGUCAAAAGGUGUGUGGAAGGGCAGCUGCUUCGAGGACUUUCAAAAUAUGGAAUGAAGAAUAUAGUCUCUGCAUUUGGCAUAAUACCAAGAAAUAAUCGCUUAAUGUAUAUCCAUAGUUAUCAAAGCUAUGUAUGGAAUAACAUGGUGAGCAAACGGAUAGAAGACUACGGGCUGAAACCUGUCCCAGGGGACCUUGUUCUCAAAGGAGCCACAGCCACCUAUAUUGAGGAAGAUGAUGUUAAUAAUUACUCUAUCCAUGAUGUGGUGAUGCCCCUGCCUGGUUUUGAUGUUAUCUACCCCAAACAUAAAAUUAGUGAAGCCUACAGGGAAAUGCUUACUGCAGACAAUCUUGAUAUUGACAACAUGAGACACACAAUUCGAGAUUACUCUUUAUCAGGUGCCUAUCGAAAGAUUAUUAUUCGGCCUCAGAAUGUCAGCUGGGAAGUCAUUGCAUAUGAUGAUCCUAAAAUUCCACUUUUCAACACGGAUGUGGACAACCUAGAAGGAAAACCACCACCAGUUUUUGCUUCUGAGGGCAAAUACCGGGCUCUGAAGAUGGAUUUCUCUCUUCCUCCUUCUACUUACGCCACCAUGGCCAUUCGAGAAGUGCUAAAAAUGGACACCAGCAUCAAGAAGCAGACCCAGCUGAAUACAAACUGGCUCCGAUGAGUAGCUGUUCAGAGAGAGACACAGACAAGUGCCUGCUCGAUGACCUGUUCUUUUCUCUUUUAAUUGUUGACCCAUAUUUGAUUUUUAAAACUUUUAUAGUAAAGGAUUAUUUGUAUUUUUUAAAAAAUUUUUGUCAGCUUAAAGAAAUAAUUUGCAAUAUUUGUACACACACAAACCCUGAGGAUCCUAAUUAUAGCUCAGAAGACAUAAAUUGGUCAGGAUAUACUUUAGGUACUUAAAUCCUAGUACACUAUCAGCAUUGUGAUUUUAUAACAAUAAAAGGGGGACUUUGGUUUAAAGUAGCAGUUUUAGGUUUUGCUGUGCACCUGAAGUACAAACACCAGGAAUUUUUAUAAGUCCUUAAUUGGAGUACACAGUGGUUCAUCUCAAGAGCAAUGGUAGCAAACAGAUCCCAACUAGAAAUUGGAGUCCAUACUUAACACACUGUACUCAUGUUGGUCCAAUGGUAACAAAACACCCAUAGGUCUAUAAAUAUGACAUGGUCUUCAUUGUGUGGCUGUGUGUCAGAUUCAGGUAAGCGUUUCUACAUCUUAUCUUGAGUGGCUUUCUUGUUGAUAGUAUCAGUGCAUUUUAGGGGAGGUUUUUUCUUGAUGGAGAGAUAUAGUUUUAUUAACCAGGCAGUGGUGGCACAAGCCUUUAAUUCCUGCACUUGGGAGACAGAGGCAGACGGAUCUCUGUGAGUUCGAGGCCAGCCUGGUCUACAAGAGCUAGUUCCAGGACAGGCUCCAAAACUACAGAGAAACCCUGUCUCAAAAGAGAAAAAAAAAUAUUAUUGGUUAAGGUAUAAUUUUCUUCUAGGUGCCUUUUACUUUCAGGACUCUUUCUACUGGACUCAAAAGUAAUUAGUGAUCAAAAAGAAAACAUGGAAAACUUACAAGGGCUCCCGUCAGCGAUGCUAACCUGUCACCAGCUGCUUCAGCAUUUCCAUCAUGGGCGCCACCAAAAAACCUUUCUCUGAAGGAAUGGAUAUGCCUUUGCAAAGUUGUGUAACAUGACUCUACUAAUUUUAUUUUCUAUUAUUUCGAGAAACAAAUGUAAUAAAUAUUUUUUGAGAAUUCCUUUCUUCUAAUUAUGUAAAUAAAUCAAAUAAAUAUUCUAAAACUGAGUGCAUGUAAACAUCUUGUCCCAGACUAAAGGAAAGUAAGGCACUCAGUGAGUGAGGUGACGUGCAGUGUCUUGAUGAGGUGUGGAAUGUGAGAAUCGGGUACAAUAGCAUCCACUGGGGUGACUGACGGCAUGACCUGGGCUCACGGCAUCCUUCGCCUCCCAGUAUGCCUUCUGGAGUGUAGAGAAAUGACUGGGGAAGAGUGACUAGCAUGUGACGUAGAGCUGACCCUGAAACACCCCUGAGAACCUUUCUUCAUAUUGGCCUGUGCCGCUGCUAAGACCGCAAAGGAGUGAGAAACAGAACCAGUAACUGAGUUAUUU